AUGUUCUUAGUCGUUGUCGACGCCUAUUCCAAGUAUGUUGACAUUGUCCCAAUGUCUAAUGCUACUUCAACUACCACCAUAACAGCUUUACGACAUAUUUUCAGCAAUUUUGGACUACCUGAACACAUUGUUUCAGAUAAUGGUAGCCAAUUUACCAGUGAGGAGUUUCAGAAAUUUCUGAACGAUAACAAUAUUCAACAUACUACAACCGCUCCAGGACAUCCUGCAACGAAUGGAUUGGCAGAAAGGUAUGUGGGAAAUUUUAAAGAUAAACUAAAGAAAAUGGUGGACUCAGGAGAGCCAUUGCAGACAAAAUUAGACCAGUUUUUGCUGACGUACAGAGCUACCCCUGCAGGUUUAGGAAAGUCACCAUCAGAGUUGCUAUUAGAAUGA